AUGUGCACCGAAACCCGUACCAUCUCUAACUGCGUCGAAUGCGGUGACAACAUCGGGCAGAAGCGCGAUAUCAAGAUGUGCAGCAAGGGGCGUAAGGACAAUGAGUGGGGUGCUUGCGGACAUGGCACCGUGGAGCAGCGCAUCGUGAAGAAGAAACUCUGCGCAGUGUGUGAGGCUAGGAAGAGGCCUUCGUACUACUAA